UGCUCGCAUAUCGACGAGCGAAGGUGAGAUGUUUGUGAUAUCGUUACGCGUCGCCGCCUUUUUGUGAUGUGACACAUCGCCGGUAAUAUCAAAACGACAAGUGCAAAGGGAGUCGAACGAGAUGCGGCCGAACGCUGUUACGCGUGUCUGCGUGGCGCUCCUGUUGAUGCUGGUCGUGGUAACCGCGAGGAUUCACAAGCUGGACAUACGGAAAGACAGGAGACAUUACAUCACUCUGAGCACAUUCGGUUUCUACAAAGGUGGCAUUUUAACUGUGAAUCUUACGAACUUCAAAUUCGAACCAGCGGAUUCCGACAAAAAGUUGACAUCGGAAAGCGCAAACAAAGCAGUGUUUGGAUUCAGUUUAGGCCGAACGCUCAUCGAUGCUAUUAAUCCGUACGUGCACAACCAUCUGGAUGGAUGCUUAUUACAAAACAUUUCAAAUUUCAAGGCAGAACCGAAGGAUGACACCUCUAUCAUAUACUUUACCAUGGACUUGAAGAAUUUAUCAAUGCAAGUGAACUGCAGUCGCAAUGUACACGCGGCGCAUAUUUAUAAAGAUUCUAAUGCAGUGCUGAUGUAUCGAACGAAGAGGAGUUCGCUGUCGGCGAGAUUCAGCGACACCGCGCUCUUUCCACGAAGAAAACGAAACACAUCUCACGUCGAGAAAUCUAUCGUCGGCACCAACAAUUUGAAACUCGAGCCAGAUAGCAAUGCAUGUUCGCGUCUGAGAUUGCCGAUGACGAUGGAGACGACGGCGAAAGGCGAAAAAUCGUACAACACGAGCUUCGUAAUGUACGUGGCCAGUGAGGAAGAAGAGGGCUUGUACAAUCUUUAUUUUCACAAUUGUCAGAAUUAUGACAAUUAUAAGGAACCGCUGCUAGUGGAUUUUACGGUGGAAGUAGCAGAGAUUAAUAAUGACAACUUUCUUAGCGCUGGCGAGAUGCCACUGCCUGCUUUAUAUUUCACAAUGGCGCUUCUUUUCUUCCUAUCGGGCUGCUUUUGGGUAUUUAUACUCAAUAAAAGCAAGCAUACCGUGUUCAAAAUCCACUAUCUGAUGGCGGUUCUCGUGUACCUGAAGUCUUUCUCAUUACUGUUUCAUGGUAUAAAUUACCAUUUCAUCCAGACUAAGGGUGAACACGUAGAGGCGUGGGCAAUUUUAUACUACAUCACUCAUCUCCUGAAAGGUGCCGUUCUCUUUAUUACUAUUGUACUCAUUGGCACGGGAUGGAAUUUCAUAAAGCAUAUUCUCACGGACAAAGAAAAGAAACUCUUCAUGCUCGUCAUACCGUUGCAGGUGUUGGCAAAUGUAGCCGAGAUAAUAAUCGAGGAAAGCGACGUGGGUAAUUUACGUCGCGAAACUUCGCGAGACAUGUUCAUACUUGUUGAUUUAGUUUGCUGUGGCGCAAUUCUAUUUCCGGUGGUUUGGAGCAUCAGACAUUUAGAAGAAGCUGCCCGCACGAGUGAUAAAGCGGCUAUGAACUUACGCAAGCUGAUGCUGUUCAAACAUUUCUACAUUAUGAUAGUUUUCUACAUAUACUUUACCCGAAUUAUAAUGUACAUACUUAAGAUCACUGUGCGUUUCGACUACCAAUGGCUGGAUGAAACAUUCAGAGAAAUGGCGACAUAUGCUUUCUUCGUCCUGACGGGUUAUAAAUUUCGACCAGCGUCAGCAAAUCCUUACUUUACAGUACCUAGUGAUGAAAUGGAACCGGACGACGAAGACGACAAAGACAUUGUGGUUUCCGGUGGUAACGGAAUGAGCAGAGACUUCAGUAAAGUAAGCAAAGUGCCAAGGGCGGUAAAAUCCGCAACCUCGAAAAUUCCAUCUACAGAAGAAGAGCGGCACACUCUCUUCCAGAACACGGAAUCUUCUCGCGAAUACGAUUAAUUAAGAGCAGUAGAAAAUGAAUAUAGAUCGUGCGCGGGUGCGCCUGCAUUUUACGAACUUUUGGAAGAGAUAAAUAAAAAAACUACGAGAAAACGAUCAUCAAAAUGGAAGUGGUGAAAAAACAUAUAUUAAAAAAAAAAAAAAAAAAAAAAGAAAAAAAUGUGACUGAAAGUCAGUAAAUUUUCUAUUCUCAGACUUGUUUUUUACUUCUCAGAGAAAGAAAAGAAAAAAAUGCUUUGUAUUUGCAAACGCGUAUAUCAAUCUAUUGCAAUCAAUAUAAUAGCGGUUAGAAAAGGUUUACACUUAUUCAUAAUCCAGAUAUUUCAUGUUUCGAAAAAUAAUUGUUUAUAAGUUGUUACGCAUAUCUCUCUUUCAAUGUCGAUUGUGUAAUUUCUCGUGACUCUCUUCCAUUUUUGUUGUCUACCACUCAAUUCAACGAUAAUGAGAAUAUUUCUUCCUUCGUGUUUUUUUCCGAUUAGAUACUUCGAUAUAGUUAUAUAGGUAAUCGCUCAUUUAGCACUUAAAGUUCCACAUUCAACUCCAAUGCGGGUGAGAACGCGAGAACAGGACACGUUUUGUCGUUUGUAGUGUCCAUUUUCCUUAGGCAUUUAGAAAAACAUUUCCAUUUUAUUUUUUCCCAUGACACACACACACUUAAUUUCUCUUGUACGAGAAUCUCAUUCUGCGAAUAGCACCGGUACUUUUUUUGUAUCGAUCUUAUUUCUAGAUAAGUAACCGAAUAAAAUGGUGCAAUAAACUUGUUUAAAACUCUCUUGCAAUAUAACGCGAUACUAAUGCGCUAGAGUUAACAUUGUCAUAAUUAUUACUCAGUGCCGGAUCUAUCGGUAAAUUUAAACUAAAUUUGAGCUAUUAGAAUGAUAGUUAAAAGAGAUACAAAGAAUUUCUCGACGUGUGUAGAUAUGUGUUAAAUGUGUAUGCUCAUUAAACUGUGAUGUGUGUUUCCAGUGUUUCCAAUUUUCUUUUCUAAUUGUAAAAUUUAUGUUAAUAUUAUUUUGCUAGGCUAUUUUCUUAGGUAAUUGCGUUGAGUAAGUGAAGAACUUUUUUGUUCAAAAAUAUUAGCUCAAAAAAAAACUGUAGAUCCGCAACUGACUAUUGUACUUACUAUUGUACACGUGUUAUUAUCACUAUCGUUGCAUUUAAGGGGCCAUACUUACCUGUAAAUGCAACAUAGACAUUUAAAAACACAUUUUGUCUUGAGACGUAAAUAUGAUUCCGAUAUCUAUAUCUCUGUUAUUACCGAUAACUGUGUCAUAUAUAUUGAAUGGGACACAAAGUUGAAAAAAAUAAAGCGGGUAUUUUUAUGAACA